AUGGAUAGGUGGUUAUUUUCAACACUAACUAAUCUAGACAUAACUGAGAAUGUGUCGACCACAAUUUCCGGUGCUACAGAUGGAUCAUAUGCAUCUUCUGGCUCUUCUUCAUCUGAUUCUACAACAACAACUACAACAAGUAUGCUUUCUUUUUGUUGAUUUGCACUGCACCAACUCACUGCACGAAUAGGCUUUUGAAAACUCAUUGAAUUAGAAUUGUAAGAAAUAUAUAUUUUUUAGCAACAACUACAACAACAACAACCACGACCACUACCACAACAGAGGCUCCAUAUCGUUAGAUUCAAUUUUUUUGUUUCCAUCCAAAAUUUAAUAUUUUCAGCAUGCUCCGUUUGUCCGAAAAUUUAUGGUUCAGGAUGUUUGGGAGGAAGUGUAUCCGAUAUUUGUGCAUCAAUAGCUGAAGUUGGAUUAAAAUAUACAUUAGGCUUAUUGCCAGGUUAUAAUUAUGGAGAUGCAAAUACAUGCUCGUAAGUUUAAAAAGAAAAAAAUAUAUAUUUGAACAUUAUAAUUUUUCUAGAACAAUUUUCUCGUGUCCACUAGGAUAUACAUCGAAAGUGAAAUUACCAAUUGUGAAUUUGAUUGUGCCUGGACCAUCGUUAGUUAUAGCAACUUGUCAAGAAACUGGAUCAGAUGCUGGAAUAUGGUAUUAUGGAAUUCCUCCACUUACAACACCAGUCGAAAUUGUUGGAACAACAUGUCAAAGUAUUAUUUAA